CUCCGGGAGAACGGGACUUAGGUAAGGUGUUGUCCCAUAUUAACCUUUGCAGUCCGUACAGGCUUAUCAGGGACGACACUUUCCUUCUAAACUGGAUUUUUGUUAAGAAGUGACUUCCUUUACACAUAAAACAUCAAAGCGGAAAGUGUAGUCCUGAUAAGCCAAUGCAGACUGCACAUGCUAAUCUGGGACGACAAUAUACGCACAUGCAUAAAGUUCAGCUUUCGCAGAACGAAGCCAAUUUGAACUCACAAUGAAAGAAUUAUACCUAAAAGUGGCUCAUUACCUUUAAGUUAAUGUGCAUAAAUUAAUUGUAAAAAAAUAUUGCACUUUCAGUUACAAACAAUUAUUCAUACAAUUUCAUCCAAAUACUCAUUUGGCCAAUGGCGACGCCAGAAUCUUUUCCUUUAUGGACAGUUAAAUGCCUUGUUGACAAUAUAAAUUGAGUGAGUUGAAACAGGAAAACAGACCGUUCAUAUGAAUAAGGAGAUAUGCGUUAAUUUAUCAAUGUAUUUGUUUAAGCAUUCGACAUAUCAACGAGUAAAUUGUACGCCCAAAAACUGAGGAAGUCACUGCGAAGUUAUUAACAUCAUGCGAAUCAAUGUAGAUACAUGAUUUCAUGAAACACUUAUUACAUAUUAUAACAGUGCAAUAAUCGGCGUCUUAAGGAAUCGUAUGUAUUGGAAACUGGUGUUUCUGUGCAAAUCAUCAAUUAGAGGGCCUUGGUUUUACUCCGAACGUCUUGGCUGCCUAUGUUGGUGUUGGUGUUUUUUGGGAUUGUGUGUUCAUGUUUAAGAGAGGGCAUUUUAUUGGACAACGAAUUUAACUUAGUGGACAAUUUUAAUAUGGUACGUCAAUCGCCCUUGCAAUGACAUUAUUACAGAUAAUCAAUAAAUUAUGACUAAUACUAUUUCCAAUAUCCUUUUGUCAAUACGUCAGUAAACAACUAUAAACGGGAGAUAAGAUAAAUCCCCAUUAGAAAAAGAUAACACUUUUAAGAUUCCAUUUUAUGUUUUUUUCUAUUUGCUAUUUGAACCGCAUUGUUUGUUUUGAAUUAAGCGCAUGUAUUGGUGUCAAUGUACAAUUGACCAUUCUUUUCGUAAUAGUAUUGUAUAUAAUAUGGCAUUUAUUUGUGUUGAACCUGUUAGUCGUAUAAGAAAUAUCUAAACAUGAACAUGACACCAGAUUGCGAUUAUAUAUAAACUAGCUUGAUAUUGAUCAGAGUUUUAAAAAAAUGCAGCGCUGUUGGGUACGUUAUCUUUUCGAUGGGGAUGUUAACGAUUUUAGUGGAAAACAACGGGAAAAGGCCGUAUUUGUUGUUUUUCGCUAUUAAAUAAGAUAAUGUGCGAUUGGAGUUGAUUUCUCAAUCCCAUGGUAUCGAGUAAACGUGCCAAAGAAGCAUACAAACUGGCGGAAGAGCAAACAAAUCUGGUGGUCUAUGUUAGCUGGAGUAUUUACCUUCUUAUUUACAAAGAAAUCUACCAGAGAAAAAGCAUAUAAAAGAGCAAUAAAUAAAGAUAGGAGUUGUCAAAUAGCACUCUAUAAUGCCAGAACUAGUGCAAUUAAUGAUCAAUGAAAGUAAAAGUUAUAUUUGAAAACUAUUAUUUGCUAAGGGAAUAGACAGGGAAUUGCGUUUAAAUUAAAAUACACUUUAAUUUAUAGCCGCAUGUACACCAUUUGGGAGGUCAUAAUUUGAACAAUCAGAUUGCUUUAACGUUCAACGGACUAGUGCCAAUAGCGCUUUCGAUAGAGUAAACAAGCGUGAAGAGGACAAUUAAUAUAGAACCGCGUAAAAUAUUAAAUAAACAAAAUGAGCUCAACAAUCGUUGUAAGAAGGCAUGUAACUUUAAGCAGCGCGCAUUCGAGUGGUCGCAAAAAUAACGGAGAUAUUAAGGAAAUCGUAUUCAGUGUAAAGGGAUUAAGCAUAUCGCAGGAAGCCCCGCAAGAAAUCGUAAAUGAUAUACAUGUUUCAACAGACGACAAUUCGAAGGAUCAGACGACCAAUGUCGUGGCCAACCUUCCGAUGCUGAGUCAGAGUCAUCGAUUGCAGGACAGGAAGGACUUUCAUUACGGAGAGAGAGACGCCGGCACGAUACGUAGAUCGUACGAAUGCGAAACGCUCAUUGUAAAUGGAUUAAACAGCGCCUCAUCACCGAGUGAUUAUUUCAGUUUGUCGGUUCGCUCCAGUGGAACAACGUCCCCCUACUCGGAAAUGGAUUUGGUUUUGUUUGGAGACGACGCGCUGUCGGCGUCGGACAACUGGGAACGCACACACUCUAUCUCCGCGUUUCCGCCUGUAAACGAUGAAGACAUCAUGAGGCACCGGCAUUUAAACGAGGAAGCCGAAAAAAAUAAAACAGUAACUGCCCGUGAACGGGAUCAAAACUACCUGAAGCGACUAAAGCUUGAUUACAAAACCAAUCUAGACCCGAGACUUAAAGAACUUAAGGCUCAAAAGAAACGAGCGAACUUAAAAAGAAUGCAGACAAAACCAAGACUUAAGGAAAUUAAAGACGAAUUUUUAUUUGAUCAACCACCUCCCCCGCCAACCCCGAAGCCGAAAGAAACCGCACCAAAAUCCUUUAAGACGAUUUUGGGAUUCAGAUAUUCUUACGCCAUUGAAGAAUAUUACAGAUCGCAGCUGAAAAACAUUGAAAUCCCAGUCCCGAUUUUGCAGUUAAAUGACGUGGAGAAUGAUCCAGUGAGGGAGGAAGUACUAAACGGAUGGCUCGUGAAAACGUUGGGCGCAAAGUGUUUGAACCUGCAGGCGAGAACGCUACCCAGUUGCAAUCCAGUUGAAUUGCGCCUGCGCAGAAUGUACGCACGCAUGCGUAAUAACACGGACAGGAGCCGUCGACAAAGUGUGCAGACGAAUUUGUCAACAAGGGAUUCAUUUCACUCAGUUGCCGCCGCUGCGUCUCAAUUUUUGUUGAAAUCACGUGAUUCGAGACAGAAAUUAAAUCCCAUUGACGAGGGGAUUACGUCAAGACAAUCAGUUCUAACUGACAAGGAAGUUACACAGAGCGCACCGGAAGUGACAGUGAGAACGGCGUCUAUUUCGCCACACAAAGUGCUGCCGCCUAUACAAAAUAGUCUUAAUGAUGACGUCAUCAAUGACGCAGUUCCGAGAGCAGCCCGAUCGAUUUCGUUAAAACUUCCAGAAAUAACUUCAGAAGACUCUUGAUCACUGAUCAUGAUGUGUUGAAAAGUUCAUCAGAACGUCUCGUUGGGAGUGGUUUCAUUACAGAAAUCCACAAUACAAUAUUUUUAUCGUUAAACAAAUGCGUAGGGUCAAACAGUACAUUUUUAAAUGUCGUUAAAUGCAUGACCUACAUGUAGAUCUAUUUAUGCACUAAAAAUGUGUAGAACUAUAACAGGAUUGUAAGUAUCAAAUUGCUUACAGUGUACUACAUGUUAUAUAAAUGAUAUUAUAUAUAAUGUGUACAUUUAUAUUUUCGACAAUGUAUUACUUUAUACAAUAUAUUCACCAUGUUGUUCAUGGGUAUAAAAAUAUCAUUUAUUGUUUUAGUUUGUUAGCAGAAAACAAUAGCAAGAUAAUUUUGCUUUUUUAUGUUUUCCGUGCACAAAACACACCAUUCAGGAAUCCCCCCACAAUAUAAUAUAUAUAUGCAAUUUUCUAGUUAAUUCUUCUUUUUUUGCGAACGAACAGACCGAUAAAGAAAUUGACCGACAGGACAAUUGGAAACGUGUAUCAACAUUUGAAUACGAUGUUUUGAAAUAAUUUCUUAUGUAACCUUUAAGAUUUUACUUUAUGCCUUUUUACAAAGUGGUCAUGCAUAGUCUUUGUUAUAUCCAAGUAUCGUAAGUAAAUUUUGAUACACCGCAAAACCGUUUUACAGACAGACGGACAAACAAAAAUGACGGGCGGAGAGAAAGCCUUUCGACAUCUACAUGUCGGUUUAUAAUAAAAUAUUAAAAUUCG